AUGGAAGCCGGGGCAGCUGGAGUACUUUAUGCAGCUGAGAACCUCCUCGGAGGCGCUGUAGCCCUCGUCAAGGGCAUGAAGCACCCAACACUGCCUCUCAAGGCCAAUAUUACACGCAUAUCAUCUGUUCCGCUCCCACGAUCGCACCACACAGUUUCCGUAGUCAAGGGCCGGGCUUACAUCUUCGGUGGAGAAACCGAAGCCGGCACGCUUGCAGACAAUGAUAUGCAUGUUGUAAUUCUUCCCUCAAGCGGAGUGCUUGACGCCGACUAUACAAAAUACCCUGCUCGAUCUGUCAAUGGUCUGGACGACGUACCGAAUUCUAGAAAGGGACACACAGCAGCUGUGAUCGACGAUCAUAUCUACAUAUUUGGGGGUGAGGGAGAGGGUGUCACAGACGAAAAGGGAAGAGUAUGGGUGUACAACACGGUAUCGAAUACUUGGUCCUAUCUCGACCCGGCGGUAGACUCGCUAUAUCCCAGCCAUCGAUCAGGCCAUGCCUCGGCGAGCUCAGACCUCCCAAGCCCAAAGACCACGACCUACGUUGAGAAGGCACCCCAAGCACCCGCAGAUCCUGCAGUGAAUGUGCCAGAGCCACCUGAGUCGAACUCGUACGGCACCAUCUUUAUUGUCGGUGGCCGCGACAUGGCAAAGAGUGAACUCUUAAGCGAUGCAUUAGCAUUCGACGUCAAGACACGAACAUGGUCCAAUAUCCCUUCGCCAUCAGGUCACCCACGAGAAGGUGCAAGCUUAGCACUGGUUGGAAGCCGCCUAUAUCGCUUUGGCGGGAAAGGUGUGGAAACCUUUGCCUCUGGUGCGAUGGAAUCUGUUGACGUUUCCCACGUCUGGACACAUGCAGAACGUGGGACUACGCCAGUAUCAAGCGGCUGGGGCUGGGAGGAAGUGAAGAAAUCAGACCGAGAGGGCAGCACCGCUGUAGCGCCUCAGGCACGCUCAUAUGCAGGACUGGUAGGAGUCACCACGGGUCAAGGACGGUACUACCUGCUGGCUAUUGGUGGUUUGACAGAAAACGAGGAGUAUCUUGAUGACAUAUGGGCUAUGCAACUCGCCCCUGAGAAAUCAACAGCCGCAGCAGCAAAGGACAGCAUUCGCGCGCACAUCAAGAAGGACACACAUGAGUCGCAAUGGGCCGAGGUGAUCUACCGCUAUGUCGAUACAAAAGGAGAAGAGGAAAAGGAGAUACCAGGAAAGCCCAAGAGAGGGCUUGGCGCACGAGGCUACUUUGGCGUCUCGAAGGGUACCGAGGUUGAUGGAGCUACAGCUGUGGUGUGGGGCGGCGUUGAUGCGAACGGCGAGGUCCUAGAGGAUGGGUGGAUGAUCACUGUUGACAGGUGA